UUUUUUGUUUUUUUUCUUAAAAUCACUUCAAAAGCUUCGUUCUGAUUUAGUUUUUUUUUUCUCUAGUUCUGAUGAUAAUGGUAUGAUUUUUCUGAUGAUAAAUUGAUAAUGGUAUGCUGUGAUUUAUUCCUCUCCAGCUUGCUUUAGUUCAUGACCGUUGUUCCUUCUCAAGGCGUUGAGAACGUUGGAGUAUCAACGUUGGAGUUUUGGAGUUUUGAGAAGUUGCUGAAUCAGACCCUCUUAAGCUAAUCAACAGUUGACGAUGGUUUUAGGCAAACAAAUAGUAAAUUCUUAAGUGGUCAAAGAAAUCAACCAAGUAAGCUAAUUAAUCCUUCAACAAAAUAUGUUAAAUAAUUAAUAUAAUGAUUGUGAUUGUAUAAACACCUGUUCAGAGAUGAAGUUAAUAACUUGUUUUUGAGAGAGAUCGCUCUCAGGCUUGCGCGAAUUAAUAUUGUUUGCCUCUAGUUCAGUAAGAGAGCCUCUAGUUCAGCUGGAGGUACCUAUUAUACAUCCCCAUAACUUUCCUCAUGCUUUCUAGAGCUUUAAAGUUCAGAAAUGCACUAAGUCACUUGGCAGAUGUAGAAGAAAGUUAUGUGAGUUUUCCUUCUUAUUCUGAGUGGAGGAGAGUGGAAAUGUUAUCUGAGCUUUUGAAACCAUUUUCGGAGAUUACUGAUUUGAUUUCGGGUUCCUCAUACCCAACAUCAAAUUUGUAUUUCAAUGAAAUUUGGAUGAUUGAGUGUUGGUUGAGAGCUCAUGCAAAUUCUUCUGAUCAAGUUAUCUGUGAAAUGGUGAAGUCUAUGAAGCUUAAGUUCGACAAAUACUGGGAUGAGUACAGCGACAUCCUUGCAAUUGCUGCAGUCUUGGAUCCAAGACUGAAAUUUGAGAUUUUAGAAUAUUGUUUCUCAGUUUUGGAUCAGUCUACUUGUAAGAGAAGGUUGGCUAAUGUUCGUUCAAAGAUCUAUAAGUUGUUUGGAGCUUACAAGAAAAACCGGAGAAACAGUAGUGCUGCAACAACUUCACAAGGAGAAACACACGAUGUUCCAGCCGGUUAUGGGGGAUUCUACGCCUUCUUUUCUCAGAAAGCUGUUGGCAGUGGCAAGUCUGCUCUCGACAUAUAUCUGGAUGAGCCAUUGCUUGACUACGCCGCUCACAAGAAACUAAAUGUGUUACAUUACUGGAGAGACAAUUCGGCUCGGUUCAGAGAGUUAGCAACAAUGGCACGAGAGGUUUUGAGUAUACCCAUAACAACUGUGGCUUCAGAAUCUUCAUUUAGCAUAGGUAGUAGAGUGCUCAACAAGUAUAGGAGUUGUCUUCUACCCACUAAUGUCCAAGCCUUGGUCUGUACUAGAAACUGGUUAAAAAGGGUUUCCAGCAAUGGGUGAUGAGAAGACAGAAGAGGAGAAAGAGGAAGAAGAGAAAGAGAAGGAAAAAAGAGGAAGAGAGUGGAGAGUCCACAGACUUGACUAGAGAUAGUGGAGAGAAGGCAUAGCGGAAUAACAACUGAGAUGAUGGAUGGAAGUUACAACAACCGUUAGAGAUAUUCAGGUUCAUGAGCUCCAUUUUUAACUUUUGUUUACAUACAAGUUAUGAGGCUUGAGUUGAAGACUUGCUUCAGGCUGAGGACAAGUAGAGAAGCUGGAAGCUGAGAAGAAGUGAAUCAAUAAAUCAGAGAGUUAUAUUUUUUUUUUUACAUAAAACAGAGCUAUCAAAACCUUAAAAUUGUAUCCACAUUUUUUUACAUCAUAUUUGUAUUAGAGGUGAACAAAUACAAAUUAAACAUUCAGCAGA